AUGAAGAAGCCCGAGUCCCAGCCAACAUUCGCUACUCGUCCACUCCUGCGCUGUAAGCUGCUGCUUGUAGAAGUUCCCCAUCAGGCCGGAGACGCACAUCAGCCGCCUGAAGUGCUCCUCGUCUUCCACUGCCACAUACCGGCCGAGGCGCCGGAAGAUGCCCAGGGCUCCGGGACCCGGUUGCAGAAGAAGUGCUGCCCCGCGCCGCUUGGCCACGGAAGGAAACGGGAUGGCGAUCGAGGCACUGCGCGCUGGCGCGCAGAGCUCCCGCAGCCUCUGGAUUGGCAGUCCCGCCACGAGUGA